GAGACUGCCCGGAUUUUUAUCUAGAAUUUUAUCUCUAACGUUUACGAUGUUGGAGAGAGGACGACUAUUUAGUUAGCUUUGUUGUGAAGUUUACAACUAGAGAUUGGGGCAGUCGCUCGUGUGUCACGUGACCCACUGGUUAUGUCCGCAUUAUUUCGCUCUCUGAUUUGCUGUCGGCGCUUUACGUCAUCAAUACUAGAAGAGAGUGUGUUGUACAAGACGGUCAGACGAGGGACGGUGAAAUAUGGAAUCACAUCCGGGACUUGUCGUAUUUCAUCCAUAUUUGGAAAAUUUGAUUGUGCUACAUUUCACACGACCUCUCGACGACAUGCAGUGUGGCUGGCUAAUCCAUAUUUGUACAGAAUAGUCGCAUUUGUAGGUGGACGGUUAAUGAGGAGAUGGUGGAAGAAACUGCCCAACAAGACAAGAAGAAGAUAUGUUGGUGUGUUGUCAAAGAGUGGACAUUGGAUAUUUGUGGGUACUCUAGGAGCGUUUGCAGGUAGUGCUGGAUAUUAUGCGUAUCAUUUGGAAGAAGCAACGAUCUCUCAUCGUAGAAGGUUUAUGGCUGUUGAUCAGAGUGAAAUGAAGGAAAUUGGAGAUUAUUUGUUCUCACUCGAAGUGGCAACAGCUCAAGACAAAAUUGUAUCUGCUGGUCAUCCCAGUUAUGCAAGAGUUCUUGGUGUUACCACAAAACUACUGCAAGCCAACAAGUGGGAUGAGGCAUUAGACGUCAACUGGAGGAUUGUCAUUAUUGAUGAUCCUACUGUGACGGCGUAUGUUAUGCCUAGUGGUCAAAUUGUGGUGUAUACUGGACUGUUGGAGAUGAUGAAGACGGACGACAUGUUGGCUGUUAUUCUGGGACACGAAAUGGCACAUGCAAUUAUGGGGCACAUGGGAGAGAAUGCAAGUCAGGAGCAAUUAAUUAAUUUUUUCUCAUUGAUCAUCGUCACUCUUGUGUGGUUCCUGCUGCCUGAUGUCACAGCUUUCUUUACUCAGUGGCUUGAGAAAAGCUUACAGAUGUGUUCAUGAAGCUGCCAUAUUCAAGAAAACUAGAGGGUGAAGCAGACGUUGUGGGUCUCAUGUUUGCAGCACGUGCGUGUUACGACAUUCGUGAGAGUUCAGUUUUGUGGGAGACUCUCGCAGUAGCCGAUGGUGACAACCAACCGGUUGAGUGGCUAUCGACCCACCCGGCACACGAGACACGAGCCGGAUACCUCGACAUGAUCAUUCCCGACUUCAUCGAAUACAGAAAGAAAUGCAACUGCGAUGAUU